ACUCUUAGACUAACAGCCACUUUUGUGGGAGCUCAAGAACAACAACUUUUAAAACUGAGGAUAAAUGUUCAGCCUUCAUUAGGAUCCUGAAUACAAGCCAGCCGAUAAAAUAUGGGGUCUUCUCAGAAGGGUACAGUCUAUCAGAUAUUGAAGACAAGUAAAACUGGGUCCAAGGUUUCAGCACAGAGAGGGACUGAGGUUACUGACACAUCUCCUCAUCGGGGACAUGGGUACAUUUUUGGCUCAAGCCAGCAAAAUGAUUCAGUCUCCCUGACCCCUUCUGCCCAGCGAAGAUCAAGAUCAGAAGCUACACAUCAGAGCAUUUCCCGUUCACCAUCAGACUAUCCUCGGUCUUUCUCUCCCAAGUCAGGGCCCAGUGUCUCUGCAGCAUCCACCCCUCGGGGAACCGAGAGCCGAUCAAGAACAGAAGGAUCCCGCCACUCCUCUCCUCAUCGAAAGGUCCAGCAGACUCAGACAACACCUUCCUUUUCUAUAAGCAUGCAUCGGAAUGUUAGUCCAGUGAGAGAUGAAGCAACCCGAAAAAGUGGUGAAGCCAAACAAAUGCGUAAUGAGGUCAGUCACCGUGCCUCAUCAGCCCUAGAUGCCAAAUCCUUUCGUCGGUUGAGUUUUCUAGACCAAAAGGAUAACUUACAAUCACAAAUCUUACAAGAGGAUCCACCCUCCAAGGUCCAGAAGCCCCAAGGGGUCAGAGUUCCCCGUAGGGUUUCACUUUACCCUAAAGAUGAGGCAGUACAAACUGAACCUAUCCGAAGGAUUACUGGUGAGGUCAGAUCUUCAAGGAGUCCCCCUGCCCCAGAACAUGGCAGUAGCCGUGUCUCUGCAGAACAUCGGGGGCUCCCAAAGAAGAUACCUGGAGAAGAGCCAGAAAUGGGUCCUCGCAGCUCAGUUCUUCCAGACCCCAAGGCCUUGCAAAAGAAUAUGAACUUAGAAUCACCCCUUAAACUCUGUACCCUUAGAGAUUUGGAUAGCGGACACCGAGUUUCUGUGCGGCCAGAUCCUGAGUCUUCCCGAAAGCAUUCUGCCUAUCCCGAAACCAAACACUCCACUAAGUUCUUAAUAUCAGAGGUGGAGUCCAACAUGAAGUCCCCAACCCGAGGAGACAGUGAGAUGGGCCGCAGGGUCACCAUCUCCUCAGAAAUACCGUCAACUCAACGUGGGACAGCUCGAUCAAUGACUCAGACCUCCCAUAGAUCUUCCAUGUUUGUCUCUUCAGAGCCCACCUGUAAACAGCAAACUCCAAAACCCACAGAAACUACCUACAUGUCCUCAGGACCUGCACUCAGGUGUCCAGAACCCUCACGAAAGCCCUCUAGCCCUCCAGAAGUGGAACUGACUCCUCGGCCCUUGCCUCCUAGGUCCUUACCUAGGUACGAACCUGACUCCUCAUGGUGGUACUUACUGAAUCCUGAAGUCGAAACACCCCAAAGCCGGCCAACAACACCUGAUUUAGAACCUAAGUCUCCUCCUCCCCUUGACCCUUUCCUGACCUUUUUAAAAAUGGACUCACAACCUUUCUGUGAAGAUUUUAUGUUCCAGAGAGAGAAGGCAAGCCCACCACCACCACCAACACCAAAGGAUUUUCCAAGUCAGGCAUCACUAAGGGAAGUGCCAUGGGCCACCAAGUAUACCUGCAAACAACCCAUUCAAAGGUUUAGUGCUUUCUUCCUGGAUGUCUCUGAGGAAAUGUACAAUCGUGUCAUCUGGUGGCUAAAAGAUGAGGAGAUCAAGCGUUUCCUGGAAGACACCACGGAUGAUGGAGAACUGAGCAAGUUUGUGAAGGAUUUCCCAGGAAACGAGAGCUGCCACACACCGGAGGCUAAGACCUGGGUGUCCAGGCCCCAAAUCCCGGAGCCAAGACCCCAGGCCCCGGACCUCUGUGAUGAUGACAUGGAAUUUAGACCCCCCUCGUGGCCACAGUCCUCUGAUAGCCAGCAGUACUUCUGUGCCCCAGCCCCUCUCAGCCCCUCUGCCCGGCCCCGCAGCCCAUGGGGCAAGCUCGAUCCCUAUGAUUCCUCUGAGGAUGACAAGGAGUAUGUGGGCUUUGCAACCCUACCCAAUCAAGUUCACCGAAAGUCUGUGAAGAAAGGCUUUGACUUUACCCUCAUGGUGGCAGGAGAGUCUGGUCUGGGCAAAUCCACUCUUGUCAAUAGCCUCUUCCUCACUGACCUAUACCGGGACCGGAAACUCCUAAGUGCUGAAGAGCGGAUCAUGCAAACUGUGGAGAUCACUAAGCAUGCAGUGGACAUAGAAGAGAAGGGUGUGAGGCUGCGGCUCACCAUUGUGGACACACCAGGUUUUGGGGAUGCAGUCAACAACACGGAGUGCUGGAAGCCUGUGGCAGAAUACAUUGACCAGCAGUUUGAGCAGUAUUUCCGAGAUGAGAGUGGCCUGAACCGAAAGAACAUCCAGGACAACAGAGUGCACUGCUGCCUGUACUUCAUCUCACCCUUCGGCCACGGGCUCCGGCCAUUGGAUGUUGAAUUCAUGAAGGCCCUGCAUCAGCGGGUCAACAUCGUGCCUAUCCUGGCUAAGGCAGACACACUAACACCUCCUGAAGUGGACCGCAAGAAACACAAAAUCCGGGAGGAGAUUGAGCACUUUGGAAUCAAGAUUUAUCAGUUCCCAGAUUGUGACUCUGAUGAGGAUGAGGACUUCAAAUUACAGGACCAAGCCCUAAAGGAAAGCAUCCCAUUUGCAGUAAUUGGCAGCAACACUGUUGUAGAGGCCAGAGGGCGGCGAGUUCGGGGUCGACUUUACCCCUGGGGUAUUGUGGAAGUGGAAAACCCAGGGCACUGCGACUUUGUGAAGCUGAGGACAAUGCUGGUGCGUACCCACAUGCAGGACCUGAAGGAUGUGACACGCGAGACACAUUAUGAGAACUACCGGGCACAGUGCAUCCAGAGCAUGACCCGCUUGGUGGUGAAGGAAAGGAAUCGCAACAAACUGACUCGAGAGAGUGGCACUGACUUCCCCAUCCCUGCUGUCCCACCUGGGACGGAUCCAGAAACUGAGAAGCUUAUCCGAGAGAAAGAUGAGGAGCUGCGGCGGAUGCAGGAGAUGCUACACAAAAUCCAAAGACAGAUGAAGGAGACUUGUUAACUGGCUUUUAGCACUGGAUAUUUAAAUCUCUUCUUCUUCCUAUUUGUGCCGGCCCCUCCCAGCACCAGCUCUGCUCAGGCCCCUGCAGCUACUGCCACUUCGCCUUACAUCCUUGCUGACUCCCUAGAGACUCAGAGGAAAUAAAGUUUAAUAAAUCUAUAGGUGGC